GUGGCUGAGUCCAGUGUACGGCGGCGGCAGCAGCAGCAGCAGCAGCAGCAUGCGCGACUACGACGACGCGCGGCUGGCUGCUCUCGCUCGCUCGAGAACGCCAACUCGCGGUUGCGGCGCGCUCACGGCUUCAGUCAAGCUCGGACUGCGCGCACACGCGCCACUCCAGUCUGCCGCUCAGCUGUGUGCGUGCCUCUCGAUCUAGUGAGUGCCUCUGUAUCAAUGGUCGAUCGGUGCCCAUCGCCACCACUCUCGCCGGAUUAUCAACGACAAGUUGCAGCGGUAAAGCAGUGGAGGCAUCUGCAGCAGUAUUAGUACAACAGAGCCGUAGCCGGAGCGAUGUUGCAUUCGCGGCUACGAGCAAAAAUUUGUCCCAUCGGUCGCAGUAGCAGCAAUAGCGUCAAGAAUAAGAAAAGCAGUAAGAGCAGCAAGAGCAGCAAGAGCAGCAAGAGUAACAAAAGUAGCAAAAACAAGAAUAUAAUUAGCAGUAGGAAUAGUGAGCUGGACUGGACGACAACGAUGGUCAAGCGUAGGGUUCGGUGAAAGCAACUGCCGAAGCUUCGCAGCCAGCAGCGCUCCGGGGUUUCGCGCGAGUCAACUGAUCCCACGGUCGCUCGCUCCCACCGCUGCCACCAACAGGUCAGGCUCCGCAAGAGCCAAGUUGGCCGGGACUAGUAGCAUGGACGACGAAGAGCCCGAUGAGAAGGCCGUGGCCAGUCCCGACGAGGUGGCCAACCCCAAGAAGAUGGCCCUCGGCCGCAUCCUCCACAAUAAGAGAGAUAACAACGAUUCCGUCGAGGGCUCCGAGAAGAUAACCUCUUCGUCGGAGAACGAGGUGGAGGAGAUACCCAAGGACGAGGAGCUGGCUCCUCACACGGAAAACGUUGCCGCGCGCCAGCAGAUGCUCAACAUCGGCGUUCCGGUGUUCGGUCGAUCGCGCACUUUCGACGGCACUGUCCACGAAUCGCCGCCCAGCGAUACGCCGCCUCACCACCACCAGAUGCUCAUCCAUUCGUCGAGCAGCAGCAGCGGCCGCGAGCAGGCCUACCGUCAGAUUUCCUCGAGCAGGUACCAGCACCUGCAACACCAUCAACAGCACCACCAGCAGCUGGUCGGCCGGCCGGGCCUCUUCACGAUGACGACCAGGAGCCCGCACUCGAGCUCGAGCCAGGAGGAUUACGAGCCCGAGGGAGGACAGCCACAGAAGCCGGCACACCCGCAGAGCCGUCACAACUUGCUGAUCGCUGGCUGCCAGGCACAGGCGACCGCCCGCUCAAUGGAGUCGCUGCGAACGAGCUCGCGCCAGCUGCUCGAGCCCGAGGUGAACUUCGUCGAGGACUCGCGCUCGUGCGAGUCACUGUGCUCGGCCUCCGCCGAGUCGCACGUGACCAGCGGCGGAGCUGUGGGUGCCGUGGGCCCGCGCGGCCACCACCACUAUCGCAGCUUCCUCACGGCGUCGCGCCUCGACGUGCGCCGCAUCCACGCGGUCGAGUCCAAGAGCAGCGAGAACCUGCAUCGCGAGGAGAGCCUCAAGGCCGAGGUGCGGCGCAACUUGUUCGCCGGCACCGACCGCACCAAGCUGCAGCACCUCAGCUUGCCGCCGCCCAACAAUUUUAUCUCGCUUACCAGUCCCGGGGGCAGUGACCGGAAAAUCCACAUUCUGAGCCCGCACUCGCCCAUCACCGCCCAGGAGUAUCAGGCCUCCUUUACCUCGGCCCAGACACUCAAGACGCGCCGCACGAAGGCCAUCGUUUUGCCGAGGUUGGUCUUGGCACCGAGCGAAUCGCCUGUUUUUGAUUUUGACGUCGAAAAUGGCGCCUCGACGUUGGACGGAUCCGCCGGCGGAGGAGGCGGCACAUCGCCAAGCACAGGUCUCGUGCUUCAGGCGAUGCCACAACGCCGCGAAAGCUUCCUCUAUCGUAGCGACAGCGACUUCGAGAUGUCUCCGAAAUCGAUAUCUCGUAACAGCUCAAUCGCCAGCGAAAGGUUGAAAGAGACCGAGCCACCCAUCGAACGAGCUCACGGUGAGGACCUCAUUGUUACGCCCUUCGCACAAAUACUUGCGUCACUACGUUCGGUUAGAAACAACUUCCUGUCUCUCACCAAUGUACCAACGAACAAAUUUCGAAGGAGUAGCGGCGCUCAAGGCAGCACUACGCCACAGCCACGGAUCUUUGCCCCUGGAGAGGAGCCCUACAUGAAACUCGCUGUUGAGACUGUGGAGGAACUUGAUUGGUGUUUAGAUCAGUUGGAAACUAUUCAAACUCAUCGAUCCGUGUCCGACAUGGCAUCAUUGAAGUUCAAAAGAAUGCUGAACAAAGAAUUGUCGCACUUCUCUGAAUCUUCGAAGUCUGGAAAUCAAAUUUCCGAAUAUUUGUGCAACACUUUCCUCGACAAACAGCAAGAGCUGGAUUUGCCGUCGCUGCGGAUCGACGAGCAAGUGCCGGGUAGCAUGGACGCUCGGGUAGCAAAGAAGAAGGAUCGAGUGCAGAGGGGACCAGCCGCGAUGUCGCACAUAAGUGGUGUGAAGCGGCCGCUCACCCACACCAACAGCUUCACCGGCGAGCGCGUGCCCCUCUACGGCGUGGAGACACCCCACGAGGAGGAACUCGGCAAGUUGCUGAGCGAAAUCGACAAAUGGGGCAUUGACAUCUUCAGGAUAGGCGAACUUAGCAAUAACAGGCCGCUGACCUGCGUCGCCUACACGGCCUUCCAGAGCAGGAAUCUGCUCAAGCUCAUCAUGAUACCACCGAAAACUUUCGUCACCUUCAUGAUGACACUCGAGGAUCACUACGUCAAGGAUAAUCCGUUCCACAACAGCCUCCACGCAGCCGAUGUUACUCAGUCCACCCAUACCUUGCUCAAUACUCCUGCUCUCGAGUCUGUGUUUACGCCGUUAGAGAUAACAGCUGCUCUAUUCGCCGCCACCAUUCAUGAUGUCGAUCAUCCUGGUCUCACUAAUCAGUUUCUCAUUAACUCAAGUUCAGAAUUAGCUUUGAUGUACAACGACGAAUCCGUGCUGGAGAAUCAUCAUUUGGCAGUCGCGUUCAAACUGCUCCAAAAUGAAGGUUGCGACAUCCUCGUGAACUGCACGAAAAAGCAGCGCCAAACCCUUCGGAAGAUGGUGAUCGACAUGGUUUUGUCGACCGAUAUGUCGAAGCACAUGUCUCUUCUGGCUGACCUGAAAACCAUGGUGGAGACGAAGAAGGUCGCUGGCUCUGGCGUACUAUUACUCGACAACUACACUGACCGAAUCCAGGUACUGGAGAAUCUGGUGCAUUGCGCGGACUUGUCAAACCCAACGAAGCCGUUGCCGCUGUAUCGGCGCUGGGUGGACCUGCUGAUGGAGGAGUUCUUCCAGCAGGGCGACAAGGAACGCGAGCAGAACAUGGACAUAAGCCCUAUGUGCGACCGGCACAACGCGACGAUCGAGAAGUCGCAGGUGGGCUUCAUCGACUACAUCGUGCACCCGCUCUGGGAGACCUGGGCAGAUCUCGUGCAUCCCGACGCCCAGGAGAUACUGGACACCCUUGAGGAGAACCGCGACUGGUACCAGUCGAUGAUACCGCCCUCGCCGCCUCCAGAUAUCUCGGCCCACUCGGCCGACCAACAGUUAGACGAGCGGAUACACUACCAGGAGACGCUGGAGGAGGACGACGAGUGCGGCACUCCGGAGAAGGCCCGUAGCAUGUCGGCCGACCAGGGCAACAGCGACUCCGAGGACGUACCGGGCGAUGCUGGAAUGUGACGGAGACUCGCUGGCUUCUGCAAAAAGCUCGUCGAGAAAGUACAGCAGACUUGGUGGCGCGUGCGCCAGUGAUAUUUAAUGAUCGCUGCGAGCGUCGAUUCAAAGGCCGCCGCCUUCGGCUCACCUCGCAAAUGCCCCCGCUUCCGUUCAGCUCCGUGCACCUCGGUCAUCCUCGUAUAUUUGAUCCGAGUCACCAUAUACCCUUUAACGUAUACAGACAGAUAUGGCCCCGAACACACCCGUCACACACAUAAGCAGAACGAUGAUUGAUCGCGACGAGGCGAGAACGAAGACGGACAGCACCGUCAUAUCUCAACCCGUCAAUCCCAUCCAAGACUGAGCCUAUGGAGAAGCCGAUUUGGUCGACUGACGUUUAUGUCAACCUACACUACUUCACACGCACACACGAGUACACGAGAAACGCGCAAACUGUCUUAUGAGUGCGCGUGAAUACGCACGAGGACGAGCUUAAAAUUAAACCUUAUAAACAACAAAAAAAAAGAAGAAAAAUUUUUAAAAAUGAACAAAGCGAGAAGCGCAUAGACGAAGCCAAAUGAUCGUUUUUUUUUUGUUCGUUGGUACGAGCGAGUAUUCGGCUGGACCGAAGCUGUUAAGAUGAAUUAAUAUAGAGCGCGUGACGUUUCGUUAGAACGUUACAUCAUCGUAUUUUAAUUGGACAAUUACGUGGAGAAUUGCGGCGCGCGCGCGCGAAAAAGACAAGGCAAACCGAGUGAUAUCCGUCUUGCGCUUAGAAAAAGCCCCAUUGAUAAGGCAGUUCUGUGUUGUCCGUCGCGAGGCUUGUGCAACGAGGUCGAAAGAGAAAGCCAGCCAACGAGAGAUCAAGUUCGUAUAUUGGUGUACACGUGAAGGCUCCUCGAUAGGGCUCGCGUCGCUCGUUGUGAACGCUCGUUGUGAACGCUCGGGAAUCGAUAGCAAGAUGCCAAACGCAUAAAGUAAGUAAGCAAGCAAGCAAGCACUGAGCGUUACCGAGAUGCCGAGCCGGAGAGAACGAGCGGGAAAUGGGAACGUGCGUGCCGAUAAUAAGCAGAAGAGCCAAGCUGCGGUGAUCGUGUACAAAAAUUAAGCGGCAGGAUCGAAGCGAAAUUUUUAGCAUAAUAAGUAGUGAGGUCGCGCACCCCGAGUCACGAGCAUUCAACAAGCCAUAGUCACAGAGGGAACGAGAGUGAGAGAGAAUUCGCUUGGGACAGCGCUUACGUUUCUUCCAAAAGUCUCUUAUUAUAUAGUCAGGGGUUACGUACACACCUACUUUCUGUCGACAUAUCACAAAAUAUCGUUUAUAAAUACGGAAUAGCGUCCAGUAUCGAGAAAAGAGAUUAUUAUUCAUAGAUUGAAUCUUCAGCGACUUGUCGGUAUAUCGAAGCGUCCAAAAUGUUUUAUCCGCUUGAUGUGGAACGAGUUUAAGCAACUUUUUAGACGAUAAGUUAAAAUACAUAGAGAAUAUAUCAGAUUAGCUGUCGGGGUGCCGACGUGGAAGCAGGAAGCGUUUUUACUCGACAGACAGCUUAAAUAUACAUUGCGUUUGGUUCAAUUGCGUCUUCUAAAUGGAACUGCUUGGGAAACAGAGUCGUUGCAAGAAAAGAUCUUUUAAAUUUCCAAUUCUGCAAAGCAUCAAAACAUCGACUGCAUAAAUAAGCUACUUACGCAAUGAAAAUUUAUCGCAAUCGUGUAAGGGCGUUUUUAAGGGUUUUACUCGAUGAUAGCCAAGCAAACAGCUCUGUCGCCCAACAAAUUGGUAGCAACAAGUUUCUCGAAAGUAUAUAAUUAAAUUAAGUGAAAACUUACAGUCUGGAUUGCUCAUACUAUGGUGCUCGAGAUAUAUAUAUAUAAUUUGGUGGGUCGCCCGCGGCGAUCCAACCGAGGUUACGACAGAAUUCAACUUGUACGUCAGCGUACGAGUUUAAGUAAGGAUAUACAUGAUGAUAAAAUGUUAUAGGCUCGCGCACAGAUUGCGAUUCGUCUGUUGUUUCUUUUCCUCUUUUGUUAGACUAUAUAUUUUUAUUAACCCUUACUUUCUCUCAUCGAAACGGCAAGUAAUUAAUUUUAAUAUAUAACUGCAUAAAAGCUGGCCUUUCAGGUUUGUAUUAAAAUUAAUUCAUAAGUAAAGUGGCAACAAUCUUUAUACAUAUACAUAAAAACACAGCACCGGCGAAUGAUGUACAGUGUCGUAGACAAGUGCGAAUCUCGCGGUUAUAGUCGUUUUUUAAGAAAACAAACACAAGAAUUUCGACAAAAAGUAAGAAUCAAAGGUAAUGCGCAGAUAGAACAAUCCUUUCUCUCACAUUGCACGUUGGCGGUCAUGAAAAUUCCAUUAGUCCACUUUUCGUGUGAAGAUAAUGCAAGAGUGAUUACGGUGAACCAACCUUUAUUACUGGUAUGUAAUAGCAGCAAGUCCUUGGCAAGAGUCGGAUGCAAUAUGCCGCAACAACUACAAACAUUCUUAAACUUUUAUACAGCUUCCCUGUCUAAUAUUUCGCCAGUCUUAGUGCACAAUCAGGCCUUUAUAUCUUUUUAUAAAAAUCAUUUAAAUAUUAUUUCUUUUUAUAGCUCAAGUAUUAAAUGACCAUAAUGCUUUUUAAAUCAAUUUUAUCAGCAGAAAUUGGAAGUUGAUAGUUUUUUCUAUCAUUGAAUAACAAUUUUAGUGGAAACUACUUGACGUCAUGCGUAUACCAUAUCGUGUGUUUUACUGUUGUGACAGUCUCAAUGACUAUUAAACAAUUGAAAGUAUACGCUUCAAACUCUGAUACCAAUUGCUUCAUUAUUAGACUUGAAGCAAAUACUUUACUUGAAUAAUUUUGAAAAGUACAAAAAGGUUAAAUUUAAAUUGAAAUUCACAAGAUAUUACGAAACAUUUCAUUCGAUUCUUGCGUACAGAGGGAUAUAGGAUGAUUCACAUACCUUUCUUUGCUUGCAUCAAAAUUGCUGAUAAAAAAUGUCUAUGCAUUUAUCGGAUUUCCUCGUCGGAACAAGAGAAUGAUGAAACACCCUAUCGGUUUCAACCAUUAUCACCAUAACUGUACCGUCAACUGAGAGGAGCUUGUGAAUCAACCACAAAUUUGUGAAUCAAGCACAAACAAAGUCGCGCAUGACAUACGAACAAAAACUAAUGCAUUCAUUGUUGUUCGACUUAUCUGGUACAUACAAGUCGACGCAGUAAUGCGAAAAAUAUAAAAAAAACAUGAAGCGCAAACAAGAAAAAUCUGUAAUAGUAAAUCGUGCAUAGAUUACCUAAAGAAAACUCCGACGUAAUUGCAAUAGUUUAUGAAAAAAAAAGAAAUACAAGUAAUUAUUGAUGUGUGUGUCAUAGACAUUGAACCUAGCAAUUGUCUGGUGCUGGUCACCAAGGUUUGGUUAAUAAUUUUAGAUUUUAAGUCCUCAGAGCUAAGCCUAUAGUUUCGUUUCCUUACUUUUUUCUUUAUAUAUUUAUUUUCUCUUUUGAGUGUGUUAUUUUCUUUUGUACAAGCCGUACAUUUACGUGAAAACAGUAAUUGCAAAGGAUAAAAACAUUGUUUACCAAUACAUGAAUAUAUAUAUAUAUAUAUAUAUAACUGGUAUUUUUAUUUAUUUCUUCGAGGCUUGUACCCCGUUGUCUUCGCUUAUUAUUUGCAAAUCCAGAUUGAACUAUCAAAGACGAGCCUGAUUAAAAUUUAACAACUUACUACUAAUUGAAUAUUAACUUGUCAUCACGAUGAAAAUCCAAAAUUAAGAGUGACAUACUUCUUUAAAUCUGUGUGAUGAACAAAAUUACAACACAAACAAUCGUUUUCAACAAAUGAAUAACAACAAUAUCGUUUAUCGUAAACACUUAUUCUGAGCGCUAUCACUGUGGUCUUUUUUAUUGUUUAUUACUUACGCAUCGAGUCUGCUGUAAACGUGGUUUAUAAAGCAAAAGAGAUAAGAAAACAAAGCAGCAACAACUGCAACUUCAAAUAAUCCAUAACCCUUACUGAAAAAACAGAUGCAGCGUGUUUAAUUGCUGGACAGUUAAAUGAACAUGUAUUAAUAUCAUGUAACCCUUGUACGAAUAUAUGUGUAAUAAAACAUAUUUAUUGUCUG